UCCAAUACUGCCAUAGCACCCAUACCCCGAUUAGGUCCGGACAAAUCAGCACAUCCUUUUUUUUUUUGUGACCACCAUCUUGAUCAUAGUUGCCUUAGUAGCUGACUUCCAAGACAUCUAUCUUAGUGUCAAGUCUUGAAAGCUCAUACAAAAACUUAUACGUCCAAAUCGGAACCUUAGCUGUGCCACCUGGAUCUUAUCUGCACAGAUAUCUUAUUAUUCUGCGAGUUCUGAAGCAUGGGAAAGCGAAAGAAGUCAAGCCGACAGCCGCAGCAGACGAGAAAGAAAGAACCCCUUCCUACAACAUUUGCCUGCCUCUUUUGCAACCACGAGAAUUCUAUUGUGGUGAAAUUGGACAAGAAGUUGGGCCUAGGAAAUCUGUCUUGCAAGGUGUGCGGACAGCGGUUUCAAACAGGAAUCAACUAUCUUUCGGCGGCAGUUGAUGUGUACUCGGACUGGGUGGACGCAUGUGAUGCAGUCGCCAAGGAUACCGCAACCAAGUUCGAAGAAAGCAACCCUCGUAGUUUACGCCCGUCGGAACCGUCGCCUGGAGAUGGGAACCUUGGAGGCGAAGCCCCAGAAAGAUCGGAUCCAUACAUUGGGGAAUAUUAGGUUGCUUGCAGUAAACCUAAAGUCCGGGCAAGAUGCACGCUCUACAGGAUACACUGGUGCCCCUCGAUAUUCAUUCCAGGGACCAAACUACCCACGUACUCUGCGCGCAACUAUCGACGCGAGGCAAACAGGAUUCUUACGAGAAUAAGUACUCUUCCAGUGUAGCGACUCUGAUUAGUAAAUCAUAACU